UGUAGCAUAAUACCAUAUUACAACUCUAACAUAAGAGACACUGAUACUGUGACUUACUGAAAAAAGGGACAUUAUUUGAUUAGCAAUGGCAUCAUCCUUGAUGUUACCAUCUGCUUCAAUGCUGAGACCAUGUAACACUUUAUCAUCAUCAUGUACUUCAUCACGAAGACUUGCUGUCUUUCACCUUGUUUCCACUGGUGGCAUUGCUCUCCCACAAUCCAAGUUAUUUGGUGCAAAAGGAUCAGAGUUGUUAAGAGUAGCAGAGGCUACUGCUGCAGAAAAACCAGCACAACCGGAGAAAAAUUUGUUUGACUGGGUCAAAAAUGACAACAGAAGAUUUCUCCAUGUUGUGUACCGUGUUGGAGACUUGGACAAGACUAUAAAGUUCUACACUGAAUGCCUUGGCAUGAAGCUAUUGAGGAAACGGGAUAUACCUGAAGACAGAUAUUCUAAUGCUUUUCUUGGAUAUGGUCCUGAAGACUCCAAUUUUACUGUUGAACUUACUUACAAUUAUGGAGUGGAUAACUAUGAGAUUGGAAGUGGCUUUGGUCAUUUUGGUGUUGCAGUUGAAGAUAUUUACAAGAGAGUAGACCUAAUAAAGGCAAAAGGAGGAAAGAUUACAAAGGAGCCAGGGCCAGUUAAAGAUGGAAGUACAGUAAUUGCAUUCAUUGAAGAUCCGGAUGGUUAUAAGUUUGAACUUUUGGAGAGAAGACCUACUUCUGAACCCCUAUGCCAAGUGAUGCUUCGAGUAGGCGAUCUUGAUCGUGCCAUAGCCUUCUAUCAAAAAGCUGUUGGUAUGAAACUUCUCCGCAAGAGGGACAACCCUGAGCAAAAGUAUACAGUAGCCUUUAUGGGCUAUGGUCCUGAAGAUAAGAAUACUGUUCUAGAACUGACAUAUAACUAUGGCAUCACUAAUUAUGACAAAGGAAAUGGUUAUGCUCAGAUUGCCAUAGGCACAAAUGAUGUCUAUAAGACUGCAGAGGCAAUCAAAUUAUGUGGAGGGAAGAUUAUCCGUGAACCUGGGCCCUUGCCAGGUAUCAACACCAAGAUUGUGGCUUGCUUGGACCCUGAUGGUUGGAAAUUAGCAUUUGUUGAUAAUGUUGAUUUUCUGAAGGAAUUGGAGUGACAAAAUCAUGGUUCUAGAUCCCAUACAUCUCCACUGAAAUCAUGGAAGUCUCAACAAUUUUGUCAGUGAAAUCUUAAAGUGGUACUGUCAACUCUACUCCUUUAUAAAGUAACCACUCCAAUCACUAUGAGGGAAAAGGAAAGAAAAAUAAAGGCAUAUAUACAGCAAUCCCAAUGUCAAUCCUAUUAUUUUUUUAUAAUGUUACUUUGACACGGCAAUUCAACAUAUACUGGAUCCCCUCAAGCCAGAACUGUUUGUCUCCUUUACUUCCACAUUCAAAUUCUAUUGUCCUGUCUGUUGUUUUUAUUCCAAAAUAUGCCUUCUUUUCAUUGAUGUCUUCCUUCUCCCUUCCUGGCCAAGCUGGGAUAUCAUUGCAAACUCCGGUGACUAUAUCUGCCAUUUAGGCCAUACCUUAACAUUGUUAACAGAGAGUGGCAAGAAUAAAAUAAACAGGUGCUGUGAAUGAAACUUUGCUUA